CCAGAAGCUUGAAGCUAGGGGGUUGCUUUAAAUAAACAUCAGCCCCAGGGCCACACUGGCUGCCAGCCAGGUUCACAGAGGCCUGACUUAGUGGCCCUGGCCCAGCUACCGACAGUCCAGUCUUGUCUAUAGCCGGCUAAGUCUGGCCUGACUUUCCUGGGAACAGAGUAAGUGUGGUCCAGACUGGAUCUCUGGACAGAUGUGGUCACACAUGCUCCACCAGGGUCUAGCAGAUGCUCCCACGAUUCUGGAGAAGUCCAAUGACAUGAAACUUCAGGGAGUCAAGUGAAGUCGUGUGCCUGGCCUUGAGUGAUGGCCAGCCUGAGGCCCAGCCGACCCACCUGCAUCCGGGCAGCAUUCAGUGCGGCUGGCUUCCGGAAGUGGCAGAGACAGGCUCGCCAGCGCCUUCAGGUCAGCUCCAGAAGGAACCUCAUGGACUUCGCCGAAGGCAUCUGGAGAGAGUUUUUAGAUCCUUAUGAUGGUGACUCAGAAGAUACCCCAGGCCAUCCCAGCUACCGCAACUACCGCCAGCGUGCCCACCGCCUCCUGGGCGACAGGAACCGCCAUGCACCUUCCUACACACUGCGGUUCAAGAUUGCUGAGGAGGCCAGUGUGGAAGACUCGCUGCCGCCAAAGGCUCCAGAUCUCAUGAAAGCUUCUGGCUGGGCCCCCAUAGCCCUGGAAGUCAAUGACGUCGACAUGCAGCCUGAGGGUGAACUAAAGGCACUCAGCCCCCAGGAGGUCAACGGGUGGCCUGCCAGGCUGUCUCCAUCACUAGAGGACUGGAGGGUGACGAGGGCUGCCAGCCCCCUCAUUCCUGUGGAGACCCCAGAGAUGAGCAGGCACCUGCCAGGCAGAGCGAGAGCAACUCGGUCGCCUCCCAGACUCGGGAGCGAGAGAGACAAGGGACCCAGGCUGUCACUUUCUAAGAGGAAGCUGGAGCUUUUACUUUCGGAGCCUGAGCGGACUAAGAGAAAGAAGAAGUGAUGAGCGCUCAACGCCAUCUGAUGCGGCCACCCGAGGUCCAGGCUCCACCUCCUCUCCAAUCUAGUGUCACCCCCGUGGCACAGGACAAGCACAAGGUUCCCAAGUGCAAAUAAAAGAGGUGCCAUAAGGCGGUGCCCGCUCUGGGAAGGGCAAGGCCCACCUUGGGGCGCUGUCGGGGCCAUCCCAGCACUUGCUGGGGUAGGGUCUUGCUUGGCAGUGCCCCGGCUGGCUCCACCAGGAAGGA